AAGGUUGUGUUGAAACGUAGCUGUUGUUUCCGGACAUCAGCGCGAACGGGUGUGCAGCCAAGAUGCAAGCGUCAUUGGUGAAGUACAACACUCCCAUUCUGAUCAGCACCACGGGCGCUGCGAAAGGUAAAAAAGACAAGGACAGAAAAAAAAAUGCCCAACCUGCGAUGUCUCAGACGGAGGACAUCCUGAAUUCCAUUCUUCCACCAAGAGAAUGGACUCAGGAGGAUCAACUUUGGGUGCAGUAUGUAUCGAGCACACCAGCCACACGUGCAGAUGUUGUGAACCUGCAGGAGGACCUUGACAAAUGGUUGCAACAAAGACAGGCUCGUGAGACUGGCAUUUGUCCCAUCCGUGAGGAACUGUAUUCGCAGUGCUUCGAUGAACUCAUCCGACAGGUCACCAUCAUUUGUGCGGAACGUGGAUUGUUGCUGCUGCGAGUCAGAGAUGAAAUCAGGAUGACGAUUUGCGCGUAUCAGAGCCUCUACGAGUCUUCCAUCGCAUUUGGAAUGCGCAAGGCAUUGCAAGCAGAGCAGCGCCGCAACCAGCACAACAAGAAGAUGAAGGAUUUGCAAGUGGCCAACAAGAAGCUUCGAGAUGAGGUCGAGGAAUUGGAGAACAAGAUCACUCAGAUUGAGAAGCAUGAGGCAGAGCGACGUGAGCAAGAAGAGAGGAAGCACAAGGAAGAGGUAGAAAUUCUGAAGAAGAUGAAUGCUCAGCGGAAGGAGCAACUGGAAGCCAUGCUCCAAGCUCCCAAGAAGUGAUCGACGGCCUUGCAUUUGUAGGAAAAUCUACCCUACUGCAGCAACAUGCUGAACAGGUAUUGCGUGCUGCAAAAGCGCCACGCAUGGUGUGAACAUAAUUGCGGGCCCGUUUCACCUGCAGGCCGUGGACUGCAGUCUACUUUGCAUGACUCCUUGGAGAAA